AUGGCCUCUCUUUCCGGUUUAGAAACAACUUUUGGAAUAGAUAUUCUUAAAUUGGUAGUGACUCAAGAAUCCUAUGUGUUCUCUCCAAUCUCACUGUUGUUUGCACUGGCACUUCUGGGAAAAGAAGGUUUUAAUUCUACUGUAGCAGAUACUUAUUCGGCAUAUGGGUUUCAUGAUCCAGAUGUUUACAAUUAUCUCAAAAAAAACCUGGGAGAUAUUUUGGUGAGAGGAGACAGCGGAGUGAAUGAUGCCAGACGAAAUCUAGGAAACGAGACCCGGAUCCUAUUCAACCAAGCAUGGGAGUCUAAAUUGCCCUUGAAGCGAACUGGAGUGUUUUACUCUUCGGAUAAGAAGCUGAAGCAGAUUAUAUAUCUUAAAAACGAGAAAAAAGUUCUGUUGGGUAUUGAUGAUGUCUUCCAAAUGAUAUCCAUAAGAUACAACGAUCGAAACCUCAACUUUGUCGUAUUGCUCCCAAGAGAGACAUUUGGAUUGCAAAAGGCUUUGAAGAAGCUAACGAAAUCCCGACUCGAGACACUUCUUCAUGACGCAACAGUUGAAUUAGUGCACAUGAUGAUUCCAAAAUUAGACAUCCUCCAAAUGGUUAUCAAUUCAAAGCAGCUUGGACUUCAGGCUCCUAUCAAAACCAGCCUUAAGUACAAGCAUUCGCCUCGUGUGGCCGGCAUGUUAUAUCGUCCCGAUAACCGAGAACCCUAUUUUUUCAAGGCCGACCAUCCCUUUGUUUUUGCAGUUUCGAGAAAAGGACGUCCAGUGUAUUUUGGCGUCUAUUUAUAA